AUGGGCGCUGGAGCAAGUGCCGAGGACAAAAAGUCCAAGGAGUUGGAAAAGCAACUUCAGGAGGAUGCGGACAAGGACUCCAAAACGGUCAAGCUUCUCCUGCUGGGUGCUGGUGAGUCAGGCAAAAGCACCAUUGUCAAGCAAAUGAAGAUUCUCCAUCAAGGCGGGUACACAAAAGAGGAACAAUUGGAGUUCAGAGCUAUCAUCUACGGCAACAUCCUGCAGUCUGCUCUGGCUAUCAUCAGAGGCAUGGAGAUGCUGGGAAUUGAUUUUGGAGCUGCCUCCGCACAGGAGAACGCGCAGAAGCUGCAGAACUUGUCCGAUUCCAUCGAGGAAGGCACGAUGCCUCCCGAACUGGCCGACGUCAUCCAGAAGCUGUGGAAGGACUCCGGCGUUCAGGCCGGCUUCGAAAGAGCGGCCGAAUAUCAACUCAACGACUCGGCCGGCUACUACCUCAAUGAAAUGGACAGAAUCUGCAAACCCGACUACCUUCCCACCGAGCAGGACGUGCUGCGAUCUCGAGUCAAGACAACUGGUAUCAUCGAAGAACAGUUCUCUUGCAAAGAGCUGCACUUCCGGAUGUUUGACGUAGGAGGCCAGAGAUCCGAGAGAAAGAAGUGGAUCCACUGUUUCGAGGGUGUGACCUGCAUCAUUUUUUGCGGAGCCCUUAGUGCGUACGACAUGGUGCUGGUAGAGGACGACGAAGUGAACCGGAUGCAUGAGUCCCUCCAUCUUUUCAACAGUAUAUGCAACCACCGGUUCUUUGCGCUGACCUCCAUCGUUCUGUUCCUUAACAAGAAGGAUCUUUUUGAGGAGAAGAUCAAGAAGGUCCACCUGAGCAUCUGCUUCCCAGACUAUGACGGUCCGAACACGUACGACGACGCCAGCAACUACAUCAAGGCCCAGUUUGAGGAGCUGAACAUGAAGAAGGGCGUGAAAGAAAUCUACUCUCACUUGACCUGUGCCACAGACACAAAGAACGUUGAGAUUGUGUUCAACGCGGUCACAGACAUCAUUAUCAAGGAGAACCUUAAAGACUGCGGUCUCUUCUAA